ACAUGGCAGACGCGUAAGCUGACGCGUGUCGUGCCGCCGAUAUCCGCAUCCGUCACGUCAACAGUUCGACACGUCCUUUUGAUCACAGAGAAUGCAGGAGCCUGAGUAAUCGCUCACCGGCUUUCUGCCUAUCGGCUAGCCCGCUCGAAUCACCUCGAUCAGCAAAAAUAACCCUUGCUGCUCCGUCAUCAACGAAUAGUUCACACGUACGCACACAGAGAAAGUGAGUUAGAGCGAGACAGACAGCUCGCUAUAUAGGCGCGCCGCGCGCGUCUCGCCGCGCCGCUGCCGCCGUCUCCCUCUCCCACCCGCGGGACUGUACCGUAUACGCGUACGUACCCGCGCCAGACAGCGCGAAGUAUUGCGCGCGUCCAGAGGUGCACGGAAGAAAAGGAAAACGAGUAGCAUCCGCAUAGUCAACCGCGGCACGACGCAGACCUUCUUCGGAGGGCAUCUCAGCCCGGAGUACAGCCUCCUCGCUGAUCCCGUCACGGGAGCAAGCGGCGUUUCUCCAGAGACACGCGAGAUCGUGGCUUCGUUUGGCCACACGCUUCGACGCACACACACAGCUCUUUAUCGAUCCUACACGCCGCCACCGCCGCCGCUGGGUACUUCCGACGAGUGACGACGACCCCGGGACAGAAUCACAGAAGCAGAGAAGCCACACAACGCACCGGCGCGGACACGUACACUCGCGACGACGAGGGAUUGUUAAUCGGCGGCUUCGCUGAGCUUUGCUUCCUUGCUCCGCUCCACGCGCCGACGACCCACGCCAUUCAAGAUGAUGUACACGGACACCAGGUUCAGCGACAAGGAGAAAAAGCUUCUAAAACAGAUGAAGUUUGGAGACUCGUUGACGCAGAAGGUGGACAUGCAGAAGGUGAAGCUGGAUGUGAUCAAACCAUGGAUCACAACCAAAAUCACCCAGAUACUUGGCAUGGAGGAUGAUGUCGUGGUAGAGUUUGUUAUUAACCAACUGGAGGAAAAGUAUAAGUAGAGACCAUUGGUGGCCGUUGGCUCUCGACCCUUUUGUCCAAAUGGCAUUCGGAUGUGCACUGCUCUACAUCCGAUUGGCCGCCUUUCUAUCAGCCGUCAACAAUUCGUGCCUUCAAAUCAUCAGCAGCCGCCUCAACGCCUCCUCACCAUGUUCGCGAUUUCGCCUGUUUCCUGUUCUUGAUCUACUGUCAUCCUGGAACGCGAUUUGCGUUGCUGCUGCAACAUCAGCAGCAGCAGCCUCACCAGCCUCUUGAGAGGCCGCUACGACACAUCAUGGAGCUUGCUGCAUCAAAUUUGCAGCAAGUCAGCAGCUGAGCUGGCUGCCUCACCACCAAUGGCUAACCUCAAAAGCAGCUACCACAACAACAGCAGCAGCGUGCCAAUGACUUGGUACGCUGUGCAUCAGCAGCACCUGGAACAAGAACUCCAGUCCUGUAUCCAGUUGCUGUCAUCAGCAGCAACAGCUGCAUCAGCAGAGAACAUGAACAUGGGCUGACAGGGUUCAGCCAGAGCAGUGCUCCAGUCAAGGAGUAGAGUCAGCGGUUACCUUUGGUGCAGCUUGCAAGGCAUGCACAGUCAAUCAGCGGUGCAGCAACUCGUAACCAGGGGAACAGGGACUCUCAUGUCUUUUCCCCAGUUCGGAACAUUGGCCAAGCGCGAGCAAAGAGCAAUGGAAACACGUUUCGUAUCAGGAGGUACUGUUAAACUUUGCGUGAUUUUUGGCUCCUGAGCGACACUGGUCGUUCACUUACUUAUUUAGGAUUCAAUGGAGACAACGGAACACCAGGCUAUAGUUUAAUUUUUUUCUCUGUACUAAUAUAUUGGUUUCAGAAAGCAACGUUUAAUGUCGCAGUGAUUAAGGUAGCCAUUUCAUCCGCAGAACAAGUAGCUUAAUCUGCGUUGCCUUGUUCACUGCUAAAAAUUAUAAACAUCAUUAUGUUUCUUUUUUUUUAACAGGUUUUUACAGUAAGUUAUGACCUUCAUAACAAAUAUUGGUAAGAUGUUAGAGAAACAGUCUGCUUUUUCGAGGGGGAAAAGCAGUUGACGAAAUAGUUUUAAUUAAUUGUAAUAUUAAACUACUUGUGUGUAAUUGAUUAUUCUUUAAGAAUAAGCAAAACUAUGCAGUAGCAGAAUUAAUUGCAUGAAAUAUCCACGCUACUGUGUAGCAAGUAUAAACUGAAACACUUGGUGUUCGUUUAAUGCAAAAUUGCCUUUUGACCUGUUUUACAGUUUCCCGAUCCGCGAAAAAUGCAGAUCAACCUCACGGGAUUUUUGAAUGGUCGAAAUGCUCGCGCCUUCAUGGGCGAACUCUGGGACCUGCUGGUCUCGGCGCAAGAUAACGAUACAGGGAUUCCCGAAGCUUUCCUACAACAAAAGAAAGAUCAGAUAAAAAAACGAUUGGAAGAACAGGAGAAACUACAAGCAUCCCUAGCAGAGAAGGAUAAAGAUAAAGAAAAAGAUAACAAGGAUAAUAACGAUAGUGACAAGGUGAAAAAAGAAGAUAAGGAUCGUGACUCUUGCAAAGAUCACAGAAGAGACCGCAGUCGAGAUCGCGAUAGAGAUCGAAAGAGAAGUAGAUCAAGAGAACGGCACAGAGACCGCGAUCGUUCUAGUCGCAAGCGUAAGUCCUCAUCUAGAUCUCCCAGCAAAGGUUCCACAAAAGAUAGCAAAGAAAUGACGACGGAAAUUAAGAUUGAACGCGACGACUCUCCUCUAAUUGAAAAUACCAUUCCUACUAUGUUGCCCUUGAAAACCAAACCUGAAGCCGCGGUUGCUAUAUCACGAUUGCAAGCCAAGCUGAUGAGCAUCGCCGAUGGCAAAAAGAAGAACAACCGUUCGCCAUCGGCGGAAGCAGUAGUCGCCCCAGAAGCCAACAACAAGGCAGCUAGAAAAUCGCGAUCCAAGUCGCCCUCGGCUCGCUCCAAGAAAUCGCGCUCAAAGUCACCGUCCUACAAGCAUCGCUCACGUUCGCCCGUUUCUAAAUCUCGACGAUCGCGCUCCAAGUCCAGAUCUCGUCGCUCGCGCUCUAGAUCAAAAUCCAAGUCGAAGUCCAGACGAUCACGCUCUAGGUCCAAGUCCAAGUCACGUCGCUCUCGCUCCAAGUCCAAGUCCCGACGAUCUCGCUCUAAAUCCAAGUCAAAGUCCAGACGAUCUCGCUCUAAAUCCAAGUCCCGCAGAUCGCGCUCGAGAUCCAUCUCCAAGUCACGUAGGUCCAUCUCGAAGUCUCGCAGAUCCAGAUCCAAGUCCAAAUCUCGCAGGUCCAGAUCAAAGUCCAAGUCACGCAGAUCCAAGUCUCGAUCCGUGGAUCGCUCAAGAUCGCGUAGGUCUAAGUCACGCUCGCCCAAGUCCAGUAAGCGCUUAUCCCGCUCGAUCUCACGCUCGCGCAACAAGAAAUCACGUUCCAAGAGUAUUGAGCGCAGCAAGUCACGAAAGUCACGCUCUGUCUCGAGCGACUCUCGCUCUUCCAAGUCGCGCUCUAAGUCUUUGUCCAAGAGCCGUUCAAAGAGUAAAUCUCGCUCGAAGUCCGUGGAAAAAGCCAAGCCUGAAACGGAGCCAAGCAAAAAGCCGGCUGGCAGCGCGAGUAGCGGUAGCAGCAGCAGCUCUGACUCGGAAGACGACAAGAAAGAUAAGAACGACUUUGAAAUACGCAAGAAAAAAGACAGUGUGCAGUCCAAGAGAUCCUACAGAAAGACCAAUAAAGAUGACAGCGCAAGCGACAGCGACUCGAGUAGGGAAAGGAAGUCAACGCUCAAGAGACGCAGCAGCCCAUCACCCAGAAAGGACAGGGAUCGUUCCAAGGACAGAGACCGGGAUAGGUCUCGUGAUAGAUCUCGUGAUAGGCGUGAUAGAAGCCAAGUCGUGAAGUUCUCUAGGAGAUCAUUGGAUAGAGACCGCGAUAGAAGACGGGAUCGCGACAGGGACAGGGAUAGGGAUCGCGACCGCCGAGAUAGAUACAGCGGCAGCCGCAGUAUGAGACCACCAUCAGCGCGAAGAGCUCCCAGUAGGCGAAGGAGUCCUCGCAGGUCCCCGGCACGCUAUAGGCGUCGCUCGCCAAGUCCCGGAGAUCGCCGUCGCAGGCGCUCAUUAGAACGUCGACGACGUUCGUCAGAGCGUCGCUCGCGACGUCGUUCUCCGGAUCGCGACCGCGAACGUCGAGGCUCGAGGCGCCGCUCGUCCGACCGAGAGCGCUCUCGCUACAGGGACAGAUCUUCGUCGCGUGACCGUUCCAGCCGCAGGGACCGUUCUCGUGAUCGUCGCCGUCGCUCUCGGAGCAGCAAUAAGGACGUCUCCUCAUCGCGUGAUAAGCGUGAACGACGCGCCGACUCGGAGGAAGCUGCCAAGACCAAAAAGUCUACUUCGACAGCUUCGUUGCUUGAUGUAGCUCUGCCCGCAGACUCGGGAAUUUUGCAGAUGCCAGCGCAAACAGCAGCUCAAGUCGUCGUAUCAACGGUCAAGGCAGCGGCCGCCGAACUCAGAAAAGACCCCAGAAAUGGUAGGUCCAGGUCCAGCAGUGAACACAGCAGCGACACCGGCUCGUCUAGCGAUGACGAUUCUGAACUUGCCAGAAACGUGCUAUUGCUGUACCAUACAAAUGAUAUUAAUAAAUUAGGAAAACAACUCGAGCAGAAAGUACUCCAAGAGAAAAAGGAGCGGGAACAGGCUGAAGAGCUCAAGCGCAAGGAAAAGGAGAGACUUGCCAAGGAGGAAGCGUCAAAACGAGCGGCCGCUGAAAAGGAAACCAAGAAGGCAGAUAUACCACUGCCAAAGAAGCCGGAGCCCGUCAUCUCGCCUAAAAAGAUACCCACCUCUGCUCUUCCAAUCAGUAGACACAGGUUUUCGAAAAGCUUGUCUCGCACUCCGUCGCCCUUCAAAAAAACGGAAGAUAUGAUUGCCGAUAAACUGAAACAGCAAAAUACUUUAAAGGAUGAUAAAAUUGUGUCCCCUAAAGUCAGCGAGGUUACCGUAGCUUCGGCAGAAACGUUCCCGCUGAAGAAGGAUGAAAAACUACUGAAAUCAACUCUUAAACCAGUAAUAGAUGAGAAAAAGAGUAGUUCACAAAAGACUUCCGAGUCAACUUCGUCCAAGAAACCUAUUGAAAGUAGUAAAAAGUUGAAACGUGAUAAGAGAGACGAAUCGUCAGAUUCUGAAGACAGUGAAGAUGACAAAAAGAAGCCCAAAAAGAUCGAAAAGUUGAGGAAAUUAAGGCGGACGUCUAGCGACGAGGAUAAAUCAGAUAAAAGUAGAGCAGAUUCUAGUUCUGGUUCCGAAGACGAAAAGAAAACAACAGAUAAAAAUAAGAAAGCACGCGAUUCUAGCAGAUCAGAUUCGUUAGAUACAAGGUCGAAGGAUCGUUCGAAAGAUAGCAAAAAACGCGAUGCUAGUGAAAAUGACGUCAAAAAGCGUUCUAAGGACAAAGAGGAUGAUUCGAAGAAAUCGAGAAGGUCUCGCAAAACGUCUUCUUCGCCUGAGGAUGAUUCACGAUCCAAGAAAUCAAGCAAAGUAGAGGAAGAAAAAUCACGCUCUAAAAAGUCCAAGAGGGAUUCAAGUUCUGAAGAUGAACCAAAGAAGUCUCGUAAACGGAAAGAUAGUUCUUCGGAAGACGAACGGCCUAGAGGAAAGAAAUCCAAAAAAGAGUCUACCAGUAGCGAAGAUGAUGCCAAGACCAAGGCCAAGAAAUCGAAACGAGAUUCUAGUUCGGAUGAAGAAGAAGUAGAGAAGGAAAAAGAAGUGAAAAAGAAAAAGAAAAAUGAUGAUAGCAGUGAUGAAGAAAAGGUCAAAAAGAAGCGAAAAAAGAAAACCAAGACAAGUACUAGUGAAUCAGAGGAAAGUGAAGUUGAAGAAAAGAAGAAGAAGAAGGACAAAAAACAUAAGAAACACAAGAAACACAAGAAGCAUAGAAAGCAUAAGAAGAAAAAGGUUGCAGAAUCUGAUGAAUCUGACGCUAGUGAAGGGAAUACCGAAGAAUUAGAAAAAAAACUUAGGGAAAAGGCACUCAAAUCAAUGAAAAAAGGACAUAGUGUCGAACGGAGUGACUAAGAUUUUACAUAUAUUGAAUUGUAAAAAAAAAAGAAUAAUUUGAACAUGUAAUUUACUCUAAAGUUAUAUAAGUGUAUAACAAAAUACUUUGAUAUCUAUUACUCCAAAUGACAGAUAUACAAAGUUUAAGGCUUUGUACAAAACAAUUGUAGAUCCAUGCACUCAUUUUGUGUUGAAGCAUGUGUGGCUCGUGUGCGAAACAUAAGAAAUUUUUUUCUGUAAUUACUAUCAAGUACAUGUAAGAGUAAAUGCUUUUACUUAAUAGUCAUACAAAUAAACUUGGAGUUUUUUUCUUGAA